GAUGAACAAUUUCAACAUAAAUAUAGGCCUAGAACUAGACUAGACAGACUAUUGGGAGCCCCUUACUUUGGACUUCCUGUGUCUUAAAGGAGCCUGGUUUAUUCAUUUCAAGUUUGUCAUUAACCAAUUAAAACUUAAAAACAUGAAAAUAUGACAAAUGUUAAAAUGGCUUCGAAAGAAAACUGGGCGUAGAAGUGAAGAUAAACCUGUCUAGUGAUGAGUCUGAUCUCCAGAGGGCGCAGACAGCUCCUGAUCCUCCUGAUGAGGCAGAGCUGUGAUCCAGUCUGAGGAUGCAACCACUGUGAGGCUGCAGCAGGAUGACACAGAGCGGAGAGUGUGCCUUGCUUCACGGCAGCGGGCAGAGAUGGCGUCCUGAUGCCGGUGAAUAAGCAGAAAAACAGAGCAGAGGGAGGGGAGAAGGAUGCGGGCAGCGGAUGAAGAGAAGCUGCAUCAUUUAGAGCAUCACAUGGCAGCAGACUAGGCUGCUGCUUUCUCUGGAGAUGACAGAGCUUCGUGGAUAUUAACGGAUGUUUCUUGUUGUGUUUUUACAUGAGAUUUGAAGCAGCGCUGUGAUUCCUCUGAGGGGAGGCGGUGGGGUUUGUUGUCUACCUCAGUUGUUUCUCCCUCUGGCGAGGCUCUCCGCUCCUCCGACGCAGGGAGGAGAGGGCAGAGGGAGGGAGCGGGGCGAUGGCCGCCGGUGGAGCAGGAUGCGGGGACACGGUGGAGCAGUGCCGGGCCGAGGUGGAGCGCCUGACCCGGGAGCUGGCGGAGGCCAACCGCGAGAAGAUCCGGGCGGCGGAGUGCGGCUUGGUGGUUCUGGAGGAAAACCAGAGCCUUAAGCAGCAGUACGCCGACCUGGAGGCCGAGCAGGAGGCGCUGAGGUUGGAGCUGGAGCAGCUGCAGGAGGCAUUCGGCCAGGCCUACUCCACCCAGCGUAAGGUGGCAGAGGAUGGGGAGACCAACGAGGAGACGCUGCUGCAGGAGUCUGCCUCCAAGGAGGCCUACUACAUGGGCCGCCUCCUGGAGCUGCAGUCAGAACUGAAGCACAGCCGGGCCACCGCCUCCAACGCCCAGGCUGACAACGAGCAUCUGAGCAGCCUGUUGCAGGAGCUCAGGGAGAGUAAUGAGAUGUUGGAGCUGCAGCGAAGCCGGAUGAGAGAGGAGAUCAGAGAAUACAAGUUCCGAGAAUCGCGGUUGCUCCAGGACUACACAGAGCUGGAGGAGGAGAACAUCUCUCUGCAGAAACUGGUGUCAACACUGAGACAGAAUCAGGUGGAGUAUGAAGGCCUGAAGCAUGAGAUCAAGGUCCUGGAGGAGGAGACCGAGCUGCUGAACAGCCAGUUACAAGACGCGCUGCGUUUGAAGGACAUCUCCGACGCCCAGCUGGAGGAGGCUCUGGAGUCUCUGAAGAGUGAGCGCGAGCAGAAGAACCACCUGCGCAGGGAGCUGGUCCACCACCUCAGCAUGUGUGACGUGGCCUACACCGGCAGUGCCCACCUGACGUUCACCUCUGCCCCGCCCAGUGGCACCGCCACCCCAACCACUUUGCUCUCCCCAAACGCAGAAGAGCCAACGAGAUGUACUCUUCUCCUAUCUGUCAGCUGUAAUGGCCAUCUUCAGAGCGGGACAGGAGCAGGGACAGCCGCGGGCCCGGUGCCCAGGGCUAACGGAGACUGCCGAGGGCCGGGUCGAAAAGCAGAGGGAGCGGCGACGUCGGACCUCUUCAGCGAGAUGAACCUGACAGAGAUCCAGAAGCUCAAGCAGCACAUAAUGACAGUUGAACGUGAGAAAGCAGCACUGAUGACAAACCUGCAGGAGUCCCAGACUCAGCUCCAGCACACCCAGGGGGCUCUGACCGAGCAGUAUGAAAAGACCAUCCGCCUUAGCCAGAAAGUCACCGUUCUCCGCCGCCUGCGUCGAAGGGCCCACCUCAAGCAGGAAGCCCAAGGCGGUACCACCUCUGAGCUCAGUCCUGAGGCCCUGAUGGAGCUAGGCAGAGAUGAGGACGAGGCUGAGGAGGAAGGAGGAGCUGAGGAGAAUAAGAGUGAGACACUGAACAAAAGUCAGGUAUUUUCAUACCAAACGCCAGGUCUGGAGAUCCUGCAGUGCAAGUACCGCGUGGCUGUGACAGAGGUGGUGGAGCUAAAGGCGGAGGUGAAAGGCCUCCGUGAGAGGCUGGCUCAGUGUGGGGAGGGAGCAGCGGAGGAGAAGCCAAGGAGAAACAGCCAGCUCCAGAAGCUGGAGAGACAGGUCGCCUCGUUGGAGAAGAGCUGCCGGGAGGAACGUGAGAAGUUUGCCAGUCUGGAGCUGCAGUUGCAGGCAGCUCAGUCAGCAGCCAAUGAGAGCCAGGGAGCAUUGAACGCAGCUCAGGACGAGCUGGUGACGCUGAGUGAGGAGCUCGCCCAGCUCUACCAUCACGUCUGUCUGUGCAACAAUGAGACGCCCAACCGUGUCAUGCUGGACUACUACAGACAAGGCAGAGGGCUCAGGGGCCUCAGUGCCAGUCUCAAAGCCAUGUCUUCGGACAACAGCAAAGUUCUCCUCACACCGCGCCUUGCCAGGCGGCUGGCCGCUGUCUCUUCCACAACCUCAACUCCCGUGGAGUCGCGGAGCCCCUCGGAGUCCCCAUCCAAAGAGCCUCUGUCUGGGGGGGGCGGAGGGGAGGGCACGCCUCCGACCCGGUCACCCAGUAUCAGUGCCUCUUCAUCGUCAUCGUCAUCAUCAUCGCCUGCCAUGGAGCCAGCCGGUGAGCUGCGCAAGGAGCCCAUGAACAUCUACAACCUCAACGCCAUCAUCAGAGACCAGGUGAAGCACCUCCAGCGGGCAGUGGACCGGUCUCUGCAGCUGUCCAGACAGAGAGCUGCAGCCAGGGAACUGGCUCCUCUGCUGGACAAGGACAAGGAGAGCUGCAUGGAGGAGAUCCUGAAACUUAAGUCUCUGCUCAGCACCAAAAGAGAGCAGAUAGCCACCCUCAGACUUGUGCUUAAAGCUAACAAACAGACGGCAGAGGUGGCUCUGGCCAACCUUAAGAGUAAGUAUGAGGCAGAGAAAUCCAUGGUGACUGACACCAUGACGAAGCUGAGGAACGAGCUGAAGGCGCUGAAGGAGGACGCCGCCACUUUCUCCUCUCUGCGAGCUAUGUUUGCUACCAGGUGUGACGAGUAUGUGACCCAGCUGGAUGAGAUGCAGAGACAGCUGGCUGCAGCCGAGGAUGAGAAGAAGACUCUGAACUCCCUCCUCCGGAUGGCCAUCCAGCAGAAACUGGCCCUCACCCAGCGCCUGGAGGAUUUGGCUUUCGAUCAAGAGCAGACCCACCGCACCCGUGGGGGCAGGCUGACCCGUGCGAAGACCAGCACCCCCAAAGUAAGUCCCCCUUCCUCGGCUUCGGCCUCUAACCUAGCCCAUGGCUCCACUUCAGCUUUGGCUCCUGGCAGCCUUCCUGCUUCUGGCCUUACUAGUCCUUCGUCAGUUGUUCCUGAUGAUCCCACUGUGCCCCUUAGCCCGUCCGUGGUCAGUGCAGCUGCUGCAGCUCUGGCUUCAGCUCUCACCUCCCCUACCUCACACAUGCCCCCUUGCAGUAUGUCAACACCGGUGGUCAGCUCACAGGCUGGCCCUCCAGCACCAGAGAGCCCCCCAUCUCUGGAGGCUCCCUCCACUCCCUCGGCGCGGACCCCAUCCUCAACCCCCCUGAGACUGGCUCACUCCCAGUGGACCCUGGGGGUGCGGACGUUUGUGGUCGACUCCCACAGUUUCAAUGUCAACAUAUCCCCCGCUCUGUCCCGUAGUGUGGGCCUCUCCAGGCACUACACCCCAGACACACACACCUCUCCCCCAACCACUACCACCACCACCAGACCCAGCCAGCCAGGAUCUGCCCCCUCUUCUCCAUACCGGUCCCCUGUUCUGGGGCUCAGGCGCUCCACGUGGAGCCCCUCACCCCGAACUCGGCCCCUGUCUAGCCUGACGCGCUCCUCUGUCCUCUACACUCCUUCCUCCCACUCCCCUUCUUCCUCCCACAGCUAUUCCUCUGCCUAUUACAGCUCCUCUCCUGCUUUUACACCCUCUAGCUCCUACCUCCCCUCUGGUACCUCCUCCUCUUACAGCCACUCCAGCCACUACACACCCCUGUACCCCAGAUACUACAGUUCCUACCGGCCCUGGCACUGACCCCCUACUGUAAAUCCUUUACUAUGACCCUUUUUCAGCCUUUUCCACCAGGCUCCUUAUUGAAACUGCAAACUGCAACUCCCAUCAUGCCUCUCUUUUCUUCACCUUAAAGACUGGGGGCUCACAGAGAGGAGGACAGAGUGGUUUCCUGUUUCCCAGUCCCUGUUUUCCUGUGCCUAAGCCUUGGCCAUUGGGUUCUGAAUGUUCAGUGACUUUGCUCAGGGAUUUGACAUAAGGAGCACAAGCGGCCCCGCCUUCCUUUUAUUCUGAGACUUCUGAUUGGUCCACAGGAGGGCGUUAAAAGAGACUUUUUAACGGGAGUUUUUAGCAUUUAGGUUCUUCAGGUUGAGACCACACAUGCAUGAAGUGAAUAAAAGAGACAGAGAGACAUUCAGACAUUGACUGGACACUUGGCGAACACUUUCAUAGCUUUCAACGAGGGCCAUGACACAUUAAAUAUGUCCUCUAUAUUCAAUGUAAUAACCACUCUGUAGUGAGUCUCAUAUACUAUUAUUGUACUUGGAUGCUUAAGGGUUCAGUAUGAUUCAAAUGAAUUAAGUCAUACGAAGUGUCAUCCAAAUAUGUUGGAAGUCAAAAGCGUUUAUACGUAUUUUGGAUAGCCACGCUAAAGGGUGGAGUGAGAAGUGACUGGUACCAAUGGAGAUAACAAUGCAUACUUUCAGACAGUCUCUCCUGCGAGGUAUUCAUGGUAUUACACUCUGCAGCAGUGGUACACCUACACACACCUGGCCAAUUCCUGCAGUCAAGUCCGUGUGGUUGUUGGAUUGUUGUUUCGAAAAGUUACAACAAUUGUCAGACACAGCUUCCCAAGUUCCAGUACUGGAAGGGUCCGAGGGGAGAGUGCUUGAGUCAUCGUUCAGCCCUCCUAUAAGAAAUUUGUUUGAAGCAUACUGACUCCUUUAGUGUUUCAACUUUGAUUUCACUCAGUAAUCUCACACAGACUCACACACACCUUGUAUGAUGAAACAGCUGUGGAUGAGGAGUGAUGAACCAGUCACUGGUAUGCACUGGGUAUUUUGUCAGGGCAGGCAUUGCUUUCCAACCUGAAUCCAUUAGUGCAUCUCAAUGAUUGUUCUUCAUUUCUUGUCUAGGGUUGUUUCCAUCUUCAGCUCAACCUUUAGCAAUUUCUGUCCAUCUCUAGCACCACCCAGUGGUUUGUUCUUAUAUAGCCAUGUACUCAGCUAUGCAUGUUCACGUUUGGAUGCUCUUAUACUGCAGACUUCCUUCCCCUUCCAUAUGAAAAAUGUAUCUGAUAGAGGUGCAGGUUGUAUAGAAGGCUGUGACAGAGAAGAAUUCAUGAGAAGGUGGAAGGGGGGUGGAGAGCACUCAAACAUGGCAUAUGACCAGUGUAGGAUCAGCUGAAUCCCAUAGUCUAGUCAUUGUACAAGGAAGCAGUAUGACUUGGAGUUGGCUCAGCAGUGUGUCUCAGUAGUCUGAGUUGCUUUUUCCUCAUGUUUUAUUUGGGCACACCUUAAGCAGAUUAAACACUCUGAUGAAGUAACUAUCAAACUAUGAGAAAACAAGUUGAACAUCUACUUAAGGAGAAUCCUCAACCAGCCGAAUUCCUCAAACAUGUCACCUGUUAGUUAUUGUUCAGAUACAGCAGAGUGGCACAGUUAGUGGGGGAGGUUGUUUUCCUGGUCACAAUUUCAAAUAUGAACUUUUUAAAGGAGGGUAUGUAAGGACAAAUUAGUUUAAAGAUUACACCCUGCAUAUUUUUCUCAAAACUAAUAAGUCAUAUACUGAAAUAAGGAAAUAAGAAAACAGGUGAUUCUAAGAAGUGUAACCACAUUACCACAUGACUCUGUAUCUUUAUGUCCACCCACUGACAGAAGGAGAAAGUGAUCAAAGACUAUUCUGACACACCACUAUAGCUGGCAUCAGUUAUACUAUUACACGAACAAUGUAGCACCCUCUUGUGCCUCUCAGGUCAUCUGCAGAGGUUUGUCCAGCAACACAGAAUGAAUGUAUUUGGAUUAUGUGAAGGUUUGUUCAUGGCACUGCACCAAACUCAGGGAAUGUGAAACACUUCAUUCGACCUGGAAUGACUCAACAAGCAAACCAGAAUGACUAUAAGCAUCGUGAUUAUUUCGCAGAAAGAACAGACCUCCGAGGUUAGACUGCACCGAAGGUUAGAGUUAGGUUCAAGUCAAAGUUAAAAGAAGAGUUUUAAUGUGUAAGAAAUAUGCUUGUUGUACAUCUUACCUCAAGUCACAUGAGAAGACUGAUAUCAGUUUUACCUGGAGGUCCAGUACAGAGAUAAGUCUUGGAUGUCUGUAGCAUAGCUUAGCACAAAGUCUUAGAAGCAGGGGGGAAACUAGGGAAGAAGAGGAGGACUGUAGUGGCUAGUAGUGAUCACACAUUACACAAGAUGAUGCUAGUCUUAUAGUCACACCAUACUGAAAGCACGUAACAUAUAACACUUUUGUAGCAGUUCGUUAAAAGUGAGGCCAGAUACAUACAAAUAGGUCUUUUAGACUGAAUUUGAAUUCAUUGUUUAGGAGAAACUGCCAGUUGUGUCUUUGCAACCAUUUAGCCACUGUUUUGUUCACAACUCAUGGGAACCUGAACUGGUAUUGUUCAGACCCUACAUAGUAGUAACAGCUCCAUAAAACUGAGAAUAGAUUUUCCAGCAACUACCCAUUGCAUGUGGUUAGCUAGCAACCUAUUCACCAAUACGUCCUUACCUCUGCACUUGAUUUACAGUUGAUGUUGAUCUUCUCUUUUGACCUGAGUUGAUAGCAAACUUGUCUCCUAAAAUGUCUGACAUACCUUUAACUGUUGACUAGCAUCAUGUCUGAGAUCCUACCAGUUCAGCACACAUGAUACCGUAUUCCCUGUGUCUGUGUGUGCCUUACAGAACCUAUUAUACAGUACCUACACAGUGUAGCCUAAUAACAAAUACCUGCUCUGGCUGAUUGUCUUUUGUCUGGACACAAAACCUUUUUAUGUGCUUCCUUUAUUUUUCAUUUCCACAGCUGCACCUCAGGCUAAAAUGCUGUCUUUUUAUGUAUUUGUUUUUAGCUCUCUGUGUGGUGGAUAAUGACUCAGCUUUGUCAGAUAAUACUUGGAACUGUCAGUAGAUAUUUUUUUGUCUGGGUGCUGUCCAGAAUACAGACUUUGCAAAUAUUUGCCCAACAACUUUUCUCCAAUGUACACCUCCUAUUUUCUCCUUUCCAUCAUUGGAACCUUUAAAUACCACUCUUCUUCUUUCUUUCCCUACUUAUUAAUUCAGCCUGUCAUUGUUGUCUGUUGACUAUUUACCCUUGUCUGAUACUGUAAAUCAAUACACCCUCAUGCCUACAACACAAGUUUUUCAAUAUGCAACAUGGGGCAAAAACUCAUUUGACAGGCACCUUCAUUUUUUACAUUUCCGAUCAGCUGUUUUGAAAGUUGUCUUGGCCACGAUGGCCCCGCAUCUCGGCUUC